CUAAGCUGCAAAAGGCAGCAAACGCGGAUUAUCUCUCUCUCUCCACUUCUUUAUCUCAUCUCUGUGUGGACUCUGAACUGUAUAAAGCCAUAAAGGAGAGGCGCCAAAUCUUCCCCAAGAACCCUCUAGCCAUGUCCUCCGUAUCCUAUCCACCACAUUACUGAUGACCAACUGAAACCCCCCACACACUCUCAUAGCCAUUACUGUCCCCGGAAAAACGAAAAAUGUCACUCGCUUUCCAAAACCUCUUCUCCAAUUCCCCCUCUCGUUCCACCCUCUCCUUCACCACAACCACCUCUUCUUCCCCUCCCAAUACCCGCACUCUCUCUCCCCCACCCAUCUCUCGCUGCCUGUCUUCCUCUCAAAACCUAACCCACUUAUCCCUUCGUCCUUUUAAUCUCGCUUUCUUUAAGACCCACGACCCGAUUUGUCUCAGAGUUUACGGAUCCCAAGCUGCGGCACGGAGUGACGACGUCCUCGGAGGUUCCGGUUUAGACUCUUUUCUUUCUAUUGCUGAGUUGCUCUGUCUCGUUUCAUCCGUGGCGGUCCUUUCGAUCGGUUUCCUGGCGAAUCUGGCGGUUCUCUCCAGCUCGAAGAAGGCGGUUCUGGUGGAAAUAGGAAACAGGGUUUCAGUGUGGGGGUUCGUGUUUUUGGCGGGCGGGGCCGCUAUCGGCGCGUGGAUUCGGAGGCGGCAGUGGAGGGGCAUGUGUCGGGAAACAGUGAAGGGUGGGGUGCACGUGAAUUUGCUGGAGAGGGUCGAGAAAUUGGAGGAGGACUUGCGGAGCUCCGAGACUAUAAUUCGGGUCUUGUCGAGGCAGCUUGAGAAGUUGGGGAUAAGGUUUCGGGUCACGCGCAAGGCUCUCAAGGAGCCCAUAGCUGAGACUGCAGCUUUGACUCAAAAGAACUCGGAGUCCACUCGAAUGUUAGCGGUACAAGAAGAGAUUCUGGAAAAGGAGCUUGGUGAAAUUCAAAAGGUGCUACUAGCCAUGCAGGAGCAGCAGCAAAAACAGCUUGAGCUGAUUCUUGCAAUUGGCAAGACUGGGAAGCUAUGGGAAAGCUAACAGGUAUGAGACCGAGAACAAGAUACAAUUGAAACAUGCAAUAUGGCUGAAGAGGGGUUAAAACAGAAGGAAACAACAAAUUUAAGCUUUGAUACAAGCAAGGGAAACAGCUUAUCCUUUUGAACCAAACAAAAUGCUGAAGGAAGUUUUCUAAUGUUGUUUGCAACAUGAAGUCAAGUAACAGAAACAAAUUUUUGUCUGAGGCAGUUGGAGUUACUUUGGGUUAUGGCAUUUUCGGCUCUGGGAAAUUUCAAUCCCCACUUUGGAGGUUGAAGGAAACACGACAAUGGAAUAAUAAAUUGGAUAGUUUUGUUAUUUAUAUUGCGGAUAAUGUUUGAAUUUAUGACAGACUCAGAUCCAAUACUUAAAUGCAAGAAGAAAUUAUUUGCAGCUGAUGUUAUCAA